GGUCAGCGAAGGGAGGGCGAAGCCGCUGCGACUGCAAACCACAGAGGGUUUCGUAGGGUGGUGGAAGAAAUCAUAGAUCCCUUCCCAGGAAAGAGAGAGUGAGUUUUUUAAAGAGGAAACAAUGGCUUCGAACAGCAUAUUUGAGUCACUUCCUUCUUACCAGCACUUCUUGAGAGAUACCAGCACCAGCCGCCGCUUCACGCCGCCCUCCACCACGCUGAGCCCGGGGAAGAUGAGCGAGCCGCUGGCGCUGCCCGGCGCCGAGCACGGCGGGGCUUUGCCGGGGAAGCUGCGCGGCGCCGACCGCAGCAUGGUGGAGGUCCUGGCCGACCACCCCGGGGAGCUGGUGCGCACCGACAGCCCCAACUUCCUCUGCUCCGUGCUGCCCACCCACUGGCGCUGCAACAAGACGCUGCCCAUCGCCUUCAAGGUGGUGGCCUUGGGGGACGUCCCUGACGGGACGCUGGUGACGGUGAUGGCCGGGAACGACGAGAACUACUCGGCGGAGCUGCGGAACGCCACGGCCGCCAUGAAGAACCAGGUGGCGCGGUUCAACGACCUCCGCUUCGUGGGCAGGAGCGGGAGAGGGAAAAGCUUCACGUUGACAAUCACGGUGUUCACCAACCCCCCCCAAGUAGCCACAUACCACAGAGCCAUCAAGAUAACAGUGGAUGGACCUCGGGAACCCAGAAGACACCGUCAGAAGAUAGAUGAGCAGACGAAGCCCGGCAGUUUGUCCUUCUCCGAGCGCCUGAGCGAGCUGGAGCAGCUGCGUCGCACGGCCAUGAGGGUCAGCCCACACCACCCAGCCCCCACAGCCAACCCACGGGCCUCCCUGAACCACUCCACUGCUUUUAACCCUCAGCCUCAGAGCCAGAUCCAGGGUAAGUACCCGAAAUCCUCCCCCUGCUCGCCUGCCUCCACCUUCCCCAUCCCUGAGCCUGCCGACCACUGA